UCACCUUCAUGCUCUGUGUGUGGAAAGAGUUUUGCACAUGAAGUAAAUUUAAGAAGACAUCAGAAGAUCCACACCGGUGUGAGAGAGUAUGUGUGCUCUGAGUGUGGGAAGACUUUUUUUACAUCUACAAGCUUACAACAACACCAGAGGAUUCACACUGGUGAGAAACCGUACAAGUGUUCACACUGUGACAAGAGAUUCAGUCAGUUAAGAAACCAGAAAAUACAUGAGAUGAUUCACACUGAAGAGAAACCGUACAAGUGUUCACACUGCGACAAAAGAUUCAAUUGGUUAGGAAACCAGAAAAUACAUGAGAGGAUUCACACUGGAGAGAGACCGUACAAGUGUUCACACUGCGGCAUGAGAUUCGGUCAGUUAUCAAAUCUGAAAUCACAUGAGAGGAUUCACACUGGAGAGAAACCGUACAGGUGUUCACACUGCGACAAGAGAUUCAGACAGUAUAGAAGCCUGAAAACACACGAGAGGAUUCACACUGGAGAGAAACCGUACAAGUGUUCACACUGCAACAAGAGAUUCAGUCAGUUUAGAAGCCUGAAAUCACAUGUGAGGAUUCACACUGGAGAUACAGAUAUGCAAACUUGCAGUAUUAAUGGGUCAUUCUGGAACAAAUCUUUAAUGUGACUCUGCAAUAACGAGUCCUUUCAGAGUGAUUCUUUCAUUGCUGUAUGUGCAGAUAGGGGAAAUGAUCAAUUAUUUUUUAUUUUAUCAGGUUUGAGUCGUUCAUUAAUCAGAUGAAAUAUCUGUAGAUCCAUCCUCUAUGCACUUUGAGCUGCAAAAAAAAUGAUUCAUAUUUUCAAGUCCUCUGGUUUUGGAGUUGUUUGUCUUUACAUGUAACUUGACAGCAGAAAAUCAUUUGAAUUCAUACGAAUUAGCCACUAAAUCAAAAAGUUACGAAUUGCCGUGAGAUUGCGUUGGCGCCCUGAACUAGCGAAUCAAGCUCUUUCUUGGUAUACUAGACUUCCAGGCAGGUGUGCUGAAAAGACAGCAGAAAUGUGCCACUGAUUUACUCUAGUUGUAGUUGACAGUAUCUGAUGGCCCGUUUCCACUGAGUGGUUCGUUUCUGUAUGCUUUUAAGCAGGGCUUUACAUUAACACCCGCCAAAUGCGGGUAGAUUUCAGCUUUGGCGGGUUAGA